CGAGACUGGCGCGGUCACGUGCAUGCACAAACCGGCGAUGUGCAGAUUGCAUUCAACUUCGCUGCAACUCAUUCACUGAACUGCCAGAGGCUGUCUCGUGAUACCCCUUCUUUUCUUGUGAUUUCUUUGACUAUUUCAGGAUAUGGGUGUGGCGGGACUUUGGGAGGUGCUACGACCCGCUGGACAAACACAGUCAUUAACACAUCUAUCUGUUACCCAGGGAUUUGAAGCAAAUGCUGGUGGUUUACGAGGCUUUCGCAUAGGCAUCGAUGCCUCAAUUUGGUUCUUCCAUGCCGCGUACGGUAAAGAAGGAGAGAAUCCGGAAUUGCGCACACUCUUCUUUCGCUGCUCCAGACUCAUGAGUAUGCCUCUCCUCCCACUCUUCGUAUUCGAUGGUCCAAAAAGGCCUUCUGUCAAGCGCGGGAAGAGAGUAAGCGGCAACGCGCACUGGCUUACCACUGGGAUGAAAAACAUCAUUGCUGCUUUUGGUUUUGAAUGGAGAACGGCUCCAGGCGAAGCUGAAGCUGAGCUUGCAUACCUGAAUCGCAUCAGAGUCAUCGAUGCUGUCCUCUCCGAUGAUGUCGACAACUUUCUAUUUGGUGCCACUAUGGUCAUCCGCAACCCUAGCAAUACGCUUUCCGGAAACCGUGCGCACCCAGUGAAAAACUCUGAUGGACGUGAUGAUGGAAACCACGUCGUGACGUAUCGCGCCGCUGAUAUCCUCUCCCACGACGACAUCUGUCUCUCGCAAGGAGGCUGUAUCCUAAUUGGCCUCCUCUCUGGCGGAGACUACCAUCAAGCUGGUGUUCAAGGCUGCGGGAAGCUCAUUGCUGCUGCCCUAGCACGUUGUGGAUUCGGAGAUCGACUGCUAAAAGCUGCCAGCUCCCUCAGCCGUGAAGAGCUAGAGAAAUGGCUUGACACGUGGCGUGACGACGUGCGCGAGGAACUGCGUACGAACAAGAGUGGCCUCAUCGGAUCGAAAAAGCCUGCACUCGCAAAGAAGAUUCCUGAUGAUUUUCCUGAUAUCGAUAUUCUACUAUCCUACACCAACCCUAUCACGAGCGAGACAGAGGGUAAACCUACGCGAGACAUUAAUUGGGAACAGGAGCCUGACAUUGGUAAAAUCGCUGCACUUUGCGAACUGUACUUCGAAUGGGGUGUGAAAGACGUGAUCAUCAAGCGUUUUCGUACAGUUUUGUGGCCAAGUGCCGUGCAACGUAUCCUGCGGCGUGGGGCGAUGGAAAAAGAUGAGAAGAAGCGUAAAGGUUUAUCGAUGAGCCCUAAAAAGAGCAAGACAACAGGGAAACUUGCUCCAGGCACGCCCUCGAAGAUGAUUACAAAGUACUUUUCGUCGAUGAAGCUCCACUCUCCAACCAAAGGCGACCGGGAGGAGCAAGAGCAUAGUGAUACUGAAUCCGAAGCAGAAGAAGAUAGGCUGAUUGUCAAGAUUCACUCCUCGCGACGGCACGCGUCUACGGAUGGAAUUCUUGAGUAUCGACUGGAGAUUGCGCCUGCGCAGCUCGUACAGUUGGCUGGGGAUGGUGUUCAAGGAGUUAGGCCCCCGAUCGAAGUAGAUGCCGCUUUCGAUGACACCGAAGGCGAUGAUGAGGAUGAGGAUGGCGGAAAGCAAAAGGGCAAGAGCAAGGGAAAGAAACCUCCACUAGACCCUGAGAGCCACCUUCGUGUAUGGAUGCCAGCAUGUAUGGUGCAGAUCGUAGAGCCAGAACUCGUCGAAGCCUUCGAAGACAUCCAGCGCAGAAAGCUGGAGAAAAAGACCAAGCGAUCGAACAAGACAGGAUGGGAAGAAGAAGGCUGCUCUCAUUGUGCAGGGAGAUAGCGAUGGAGAUGCCCUUCCUGUUCUGGCCCCUGCGAAGAAGAAACCUACCCGUCCGAAGAAAGCGGUAGCAGGCCGGGAGGACAGCGGGGUCGCUCCUCGCUCCCUUCCAAUCAUCAACGCUUCUGACGAUCCUUUCCUGGAGCCCAAGGAUGCUGUCCGUGCUAAUAUAUCACGGCAGUCCCAACCUGGUUCUAAGAAACAUACGAAAUCGUCUGACUCAGAUUCCCCACAAUCCUAUAUAACCAAGUCUCCGAGAAAAUCUCCGCAGCAAACAUCUCCGCGCUCGUCAGGCUUAA